AUGGCCUCCGCUCUGCGCCCGGUCCUUAGGCCGACUCAUUUAGCCAGUUUACCUACCUCGACAUCAACCACCACAUAUAUCUGCCAGUCCUGUCGACAUGCCCGUCUCCUGAGGCGGCCCAAGCGACCUUACACGUUUACACAGUUGGUUACGCUUUCUGACGGAAGUGCUUUCACGAUACGCACCACCUCUCCUGUCCCUGUAUACCGAUCAACGCGAGAUACCCGAAACUCUCCUCUGUGGAACCCCACGUCCAAGGAGCUUUUGAAUGUAGAAGACGAUGAAGCUGGAAGGUUAGCUGGUUUCCGAGCACGUUUCGGCACGGGGUUCGAUACCGCGAAAGAAGCAAGGAAGGAAGCCGAGAUGGAGAGUGAUAAUAUCUCAAAUACACCAGCUUCCCCGACAGCAGCCAACGCCGAAGCCGCUAAGGAACCGACCUUUGAGGAUGAACAGAACAUGUUCGAAGAAGACGACAUGAACCUAUUGGAUCUUAUCAGCUCUUUCGGUCAAGAAAACACCCAGCAAGAGACCCAGUCGCCGCAGCCUAAAAAGGGAGGAAAGAAAUAG